UUAUCAUAAUUCAACUUGAUGUACUUAUAGAAAUUAAUUUUUUUUUAUUUCUAGCCUGUUUGUCACGCCGUUGUUGAAAAUUCUAUCCGCAGUCUUGAUAAACGAUGAUUUCUGGACAAUUUUGCCGGUACUUUAACACGGGUAACACCGUUUGGCAAUCAACAGCAAAAUCAUUGUUGGGAAAAUUGCGUAAAAAGACUGGAUAUACAUUUGCCAAUUGUAAAAAAGCAUUAGAUUUACAUGAAAAUGAUAUCACCAAGGCUGAAGCAUGGUUAAAAGAACAAGCACAAAGUAUGGGCUGGGCAAAAGCUCAAAAACUCCAAGGUCGUUCGACAAGUCAAGGAUUAAUAGCUGUUAUGGUUGAAAAUAAUUAUGGUGCACUUGUUGAAAUAAAUUGUGAAACAGACUUUGUUGCAAGAAAUAAAACUUUUCAAGGACUUGCUGAAAUUGUUGUUGCAACAACAUUAAAAUAUGCUGGUAGUUUGAAAAAUGUUGAUAGAAUAAACAAGACAUUUUUAGAUGCUGAAUUGUUAAAAAAUUUAUCAACAAUUGAUGGUAAAACAAUUGCUGAUCAUGCAGCAUUAACAAUUGGAACUCUUGGAGAAAACAUAUCAGUUAAACGAGGUCUUUGUAUGACUGUUGAUCCAAGUAUACAGCUUGUUGGUUGUACACAUCCAGCUCCAGUUAAUCCAUUACCAGCAUCAUUUGGUAGAUAUGGUGCAUUAUUAGCUUUUCAAUGCCAAUCAGAAAAUCAGCAGUUGGGAUUACAGCUUUGUCAACAUAUAAUUGGUAUGAAUCCAACUAAAAUUGGUAAUGCAGAAGGUGAUAAACCAAUUUCAAAUACUGACGAAGAAACAAUAAUGAUUCAUCAAGAUUUUUUACUUGAUCCAUCAUUGAGUGUACAACAAGUACUUCUUGGUGCUCAUGCUGAGAUACUAGAUUUUGCUCGUUAUGAAAUGGGAGAAUCUAAUGAAUCAACGGAAUCAACUGAGGAUAACAUCAGUCAAACAAUAUCAGCCUAAACUUGUGGUUGAUAUAUAUUUUUUUUUUUUUAAAUCAACAUGAAAAUAUUGAAAUCUUGUUAAAUAAAUUAUCAUCAAGAAAAAUAUAUUUUCAUUUAAAGAAAAUAAAUGUACGCAAAAAUAUGUUUCUUUUAAAUAAUAUUAAAAUGAAAAAAAAGAAAAAAGAUUUAAAAAAAGUUAAUUAAUUCAUAAUUUU